UUAAAUCACGCCCCACGGAGAAGUGAGCUAACUGCUUCUUCCACGUCUCUUCAUAUGGUUUUCUUCUUUCCGCCGACCAAGAAAUUUCGCCCUUUCUUUCCCCAUCCUCUGAUCGAUCCAUUUGCUGAUUAGGGACGCACCCGAAAGGGGUUGGAGAGAUACUAUGGCGGUCAACGGAGGAGAAGGGGAAGGGCCGGAGGCGCACCUGUUGCCUCCGUCUAUGCGUCAGCCGUCGCGAACAGGCGACUUCUUGGGGAAGCACCGCUUAUCGGCGGCCAUCACUCGGCUCAGCCAAGAGAUCCAGUUCCUCGAGACGGAGCUAAAUGAACUUGAGACGACGGAGACUUCUGCUGAAGCAUGCAAGGAAGUUUGCUCUAACACAGAAGACAAAUCCGAUGCUCUUCUUCCUGUUACACCAGGCCCUGAGAAUCCUGCAUGGCACCGAUGGUUCCAACGAGUCCGUAGUUCUCAAAGUCGUAAGUGGUGGACAAACAAAGGCUCUUCUGAUUCCUCUUAACACAGGUGUUACCCUUGCUGAUGACUCGUUGAUAAUCAAAACGUACAGUCACCACAAUUUGAAGUGUUUCCAAACUGCAAUUGGUUGUGUUGAUAAAUCAUUUCACCCUCAUCAAGCGGGAGCUGCAAUUGUGAUAAUGCGCAUGUUGUUGUGGUGUGGGGAAAAAAAUAUGAUCAAUAUCAAAUUUUUGUUAUGGCAAUGAUGUUAAUUCAGAGACAAUUGGUUCUUUGUGCAAACAUCUACUCAAUUCAAAAUGUGAUUAUGUA